CAGAAUUUAGGUCAAUAAGAGGCAUGGAGCUAAUGAGCACUGCUGAAACGCAGCUGAUAAAGUUGACAAAACUGUAAAAUUCAGGAUCUGGUUUACAAACAACGAGAGUAGUUGUGUGUAAUGGGGGAGUGUAUGUUGGACAGCUAUGGUGAGGAUGGUUUUCAAAGUUGUGAAGGGUUUGACGAUUGGUCCACCUUCAGCUCUCCGGGCUGGGAAGAACCCCAGCAAGAUGACAACAGCUUUUCAGACUGGGCUGGAUUUCAGCAAAAUAGCAAGAAAGAGGAAGAAUUAUCAACCAUACCUGUGACAGAAACAAGAACUUUUGAGCUUCCAGAAAACGUUGAAAAUGGCAACAAGGUAAAUCCCCAGUUAAUUUUCCAUGAGUGUUUAUGUGUUGAGGCAGCAAAGAAGGAAGCUGUCAUGAUGGAAAUCCCUACACUGUCCCAAAUGCUCCAGAGAGAAACAGACAUACCCUCUCAGUCUGCAGCAAUAACAAGCGAAGCUGCCAAUUUCUGGUGUCGUUUACAGUCUGGAUCAAAAACUCUGAGACUAUCAAGCCCCAAACCCCAAUUACACUCCCAUGAAGUACUGCUCAAAACCCUCCAGCUCAGACAUCCUGACAUGAGCACUGCCUCACAGAGCAUUACUCUUUCUGAUCUUGAACUAGAAGAGCCUGAAGACCAUCCUGGAGUUCUUAUUCAAACCAAGCUAAUGCCAAUAUCGAACUGUCGGAAUGCACCAGGAUUCCUUUAUCAGAUCUCACGCCAGUGGCUCAGCCAGUACACCACGAAGCUGCUCCCCUACCAGAACACGAAAGACCCUCUCCAAUGAUUCAUCAUCUCUGAGUGCUUUCCUGGAGUCAGAAGUAGAUGAGGGACCUUGUACGGCUCCACUGAGAACACCUGAGACCUGCCACUCCACAAUUCCUAAUCAGAGGGGUCACAUCACAUAACACAAAGGACCAGACCAGAGUGUCGCAAACACUGGGUUUCCAGUUUGGCGACCAGCGAGUUUUUGCAGUGCAUGAGGGAGAUGACAGCAACACAUGAAACAAGAUUGGGAGUUGAGGCAUGAGGAGAUGAAUAGAGAGAUGGUGAUGAGGCAAAAGGAGUUGGAACAUGAGGCAAGACUUUGAUGAGAGGAGAUGGCAUGUAGAGAGAAGGAAACAGAGGCUUUUAUCUUCAAAAAUUUGGCUUCACCCAUUCUCCCUUGGACAUAGAUUGGCAGGCAUUGUUCCAAUGUUUCUUGUAUGCCUUGAUUGGCAUUUAAUCUAAAUAGUUUUCUUACAAGCACAUGUUUUGUUUUCUGUGAUGGUAAAUGGUCAGCACUUACAUAGUGCCUUUUUUAACCUUAGCGGUUCCAAAGCGCUUUACACUGUGACUCAUUCACCCAUUCACACACACACACCAAUGAUGGCAGAGCUGCCAUGCACGCCUUGGGAGCAACUUAGGGUUCAGUAUCUUGCCCAAGGACACUUCAGCAUGUGGAG